AUGACACGUGGUUGCUCCGUUAACAUCAGACAAGGCAGCAUCAGGAUCGUUGUAUAUAAACAUACAUUCCUACCAGCCACCAUCAGAACGCGGAACUCCAUGCCGUCAGCGUGUCAAUUAAUUAAUCUGAUUAAAGAACACCUGGGAGUUGACGGAAUAGAAUUUGCCAAUAUUCACAGAAACUCGGGUGACCGCAAGCCAAGCGCAAAGCCUCGUACAAUUACGGGAAAGCUGGUGAGAUUUGAGCAGAAAGAUUACAUCCUUAGACAACAAAAAACAAAGAAAGAGGCAGGGAUGGAAAUACCUUUCUAUAUAACGCCGCAGGCUCCAGUUCAGAUUAACGAAACCCGAAAGAAGCUGGUUGAACUAAACAAUAAAUACUGGAAGGAAAAUGUUCAGACACGACUGAUUGGAGAUAAGCUCGUCUUUCCAAACGGAACUGUCUACAAAGACAAAGUAAGCACACCAACAGCUGAGGAAAUUCUGCAACUUGACCAAAAAGAGAGAGAGAAAAUUGAGGAAAUGGAGUCUGGACGCUCUAAUACACACAGCGAGGGCAGAAACCAAUUCAGCGCGGCCGCAGUUGAAGCAGACACCUAUGCUAAUGUUAGGAACUUCUACAAGAAGAUUUCGAUGGACCCGGUCUAUGGGAAAGCCAACCACAACAUCCUUAUAUACAGAUUUAAGGACAAUAACGGAAUACUCCACGAAGGAUAUUGUGAUGAUGGAGAAUUCGGGGCUGGUAGGAAAAUGCUAAAACUUUUGCAAGACCAAAAUAUAGUGAAUGUGUCCGUGGUAAUUUCGCGUAUGGUGGGAAGACAUCUUGGUCCGAAACGAAAUUAUGGAAAAAAUGUUGUUUGGUGCACUAAAUAA